AUGAAUUUCAUUGAUGAUCCAAUGGAUAUUGAAUAAAGUGAUGUGAAAGUUCAAGAAGUUCAUUAAUAGAAUAGAUUUCUACAUUCUAAACGAAUGAUCAUAGUUAAUGAGAAAUCUUAAGCAAUAGUUCCAGAUAAACCUGAAAAAACAUUAGAAAAAUUUUAGAAGCAUAAACAAAGCCUAAUAUUUCAAACAGAGCAAAUCUAGAAUCUUUCGGAUAUUGAUGAUUUAUUUACUUUUCGCAUCAUCCUUAAUCUUGAACUAGGCAGAUUGAGACUACAACAGAAGAUACAAAAAAGAAAAAUAAAGGGUUCAGUGGUGAUGGUCUGA